AUGGAUGUCAUACCUUAUGUGGUGAUCGCGAGCAACAACUAUAUCAAGAAUGACUUUCGAGCUUACAUGUUGCUUGAGGCUCAGAGAUGGAAGAUAAAAUCCAUCGAGAGCAACAAAUCGCAAAUUUUCAUGGUGAACAAGAGUAAUGUAAAUGAUAUUUUGAGCGAUAAAGUGGUGAUGAACGUGAUGAAGAGCCCGACGAAGAGUGAAAUUAACACGAAGGUGCUUGAAGAUUUCAUGAAUAUGGUGGUAACCAAAUGUGAUAAGGUAUGUUAUGGUUCUAAAAGUGUUGAAUAUGCACAUGACUUGCUGGCAAUUGAAACGCUUUUAAUCACCGAUGAAAUACUGGAAAACAAGGAUAUUAAAUUGAGGAAAAAGUAUUCGGAAUUGAAGAAAUCAGUGCAUGAAGCUGGUGGGAAAGUGAUACAGUUUAAUGAAGUAGAAGGACAAAGACUUGCUCAGAUGACUGGAAUUGGUGCAAUUUUGAGGUUUCCUAUACCUAAUUUUGAUGACUUGGUUUUGUAA